UAGCUCCCCAAUCACUCAAGAUUCCAUCAAAUUAUGCGGGUCACUCCCUAUCGCUUGUCUCGUCUUGAGACUCCAAUAAGCUUCGAGGCAUCGGUACAGUUAGAUCAUUCAAUGCGGUCUGAAAGAGAAUCAGAAAGUCUUCAUCGCUGAUUCAACCGCCGUCUGCUCUCGCUCGGCCUUCUUCAAAAAUGCCGUCGAAAGCCCGCUCUACCAACAGCACAGAACCGUCUAUUUACUUGAAGACGAACCACCAAUUGUUCACUUCUGGCUCACACACGUCGUGAGAGGCAAACUCUGCACAAUUCACCCUAUCGACAUCAAAGUCUUGACUCAGGUCAUGAGCCCAGAAGAGAUUAACAAAGAAUACAUCGACCUAUGCAAGCUCUACAGCCUAUGCGAGAAGCUCGACGACCGGAUCGCCAGGGAAGCCAUCGUCAUCAGGAUGCAUAAAAUGGCUCCUCGCGCAACACCUCCAUUCGAGUGCGUGAACGUCAUCUACCAAGGAACGAUGAGCGACUCUCCCAUGAGAAAGCUACUGGUGGAUAUUCUGUUGCGGGCGGGUGUAGACGACGAUUUGAAUGCUUGUCGUGAUUCCGUCAAGGAGGAGUUCAUGCAGGACUUUACUUGUGUGAGGCAAAUGCAUUUCAGGAUGCGGAAGAGGAAAGAGUACAGAGAGCGGGAGGGUGCUUAAAGAACCUUCAAGAACUAAAAGGAGUCCUGAAGUCAGACUUGUUCGACGCAUGAAUGAUGGUGUUAGAUUCGAG